AUGGUUCACAGUUGGACAAAUUUGAUAAGGACCUGGGUAGAGAACAGGAAACUGUCCGGCCAGGACGAAAUAAAGACAGGAAUAUGGCAUGACAUAGAACUCGUAUUGCAUGAGUUUGUGGAAUUUAUACAGCGGCACGAGCACGAGCACGCAUGGACUAUCGCAUGUGAUGCCUCGCCAGACGGUGAAGCGCAAGAGGUAUCCUUGGAUAGCACGGAGAAAGGAAUGUGCAGACUCAUGCUGCUCGCGCUAUAUUUCAAAAAUGGUUGGGAAGACGGUACAGGACACACAGAGAGGGCUUGGGCUGCGGACAACGAGUUCAAAAAGUUUAUAAGGUGUGUAAUAGUGAAUAUUUAUAUGUACAUGCUACUAGAGGCGACCUGUCAGAACAGGAAAGGUGUAAAGUAUGCAUUAUAUGUAAUGGGUCAGAUGGAGGAAAGUAUGAAAGAUUCGGGGGUGGAAAUGAAUAUAUGUAAGUGGCAGGACCAUAAGGGUACUGGAAUUGGAGGAGUGAAGGUGCAUGAUGCAAUUAUGCAUUGGUUCGAGGAGAAUGAACAAAUGAUGGAGAAAAUACGAGAAAUAGAAGACAGCGCACAAUGCAGAGCCGGAAGUAAAGACCACAAGCAAAUUAAUAAGGAAGAAGAUGUGCAAAAGUUAAAGGAAGGAAUUAAGGAAAAAUUGGGAGCACUGGAGAAAGAAGUUACACAACAGAGGCUGGAAGAGGAGAAGAAAAUAGCAGGGCGAUCGGCAGCAAAGCCCUCCGAUGCACAGUCGACAACCGACCAAAAACCCGCCAAGGAUCCUGAAGCACCGGCAACACCAUCAACGGACACGUCAGACCAUAGUGUACUAUAG